AUGGUUCAAAAUAACCAUGGCUCAGAUGGUGCGUUGGAUCGAAUGCUUCGUCUCAGUCAGCGGCAGAAAGACGUUCCAGCCAUCUUCAUCCACGCCGGUGCCGGUUUCCACAGCCAUCAAAAUGAGCAUAUCCAUCUGGAAGCUUGCGUGGCGGCCGCUGAAAUGGGCAUGAAGUUCUUAAAAGCUGGGGCGACUGCUACCGAGGCUGUUGAAGCUGCUCUGCGAGUUCUCGAGGAUAAAGAAAUUACCAAUGCCGGAUAUGGCUCCAAUCUUUCCAUUGACGGAACAGUCGAGUGCGAUGCUACAAUUGUUGACCAUCUCGGUCGGAGUGGUGCUUGUGGUGCAGUUCCAAAUAUACGCAAUCCGAUAUCUCUUGCAAAGCUUAUACUAGAUACCAGCAGUCAGCCAUUAAGCCUUCGAAGAGUUCCGCCAAAUGCCCUUGUUGGGGAGGGGGCUCGGAUAUUUGCCGAAGAACAUGGCGUGAUUACCUUUGCGAACGAGUAUCUUGUGUCGAAAAACUCUCGCGAUCGUUUCUUUCGGUGGCAAGAAGAUUUGCUACGGGCGGAAGAAAAGGUUCAAGAGUCCCGAGCCGGUUUAAAUUCGCCAUCGGCGGCAAUGCCAUGCGUCCCUUGCCAAUACGAUACGGCUUCAGCCACAGACGCACGCAAAAAGUUCCCUCGGGAUCAUACAGCAGCAAUAAUGGCUGGCACCUGGAAUGAGGGACAACCUGACUCACCGUACGCUGGAACACCAGCUCCAGAAUCUGUCAGCACCCAAGAAGGGUCUGCCUUGCCAUCGAGGACCCAAGUAUCGAACCCAGUUCCAGCUUCAAAGUCCCCGCGAUCAUCUCCAAGGCCUCCCCUCUCUCCGACGACUUUGGCAGGCAGCAGAAACAACGCGUUAUCACCAACACGAGCAAGGUAUGUUGACCGGCGGGUCGACGCGGCGGUAGACAGCCAAAACCUGUCCGGAACGAUUCGUAGGAAGGCCCCAGAAACCUUACACCCAAACGAUGGCUUUCCUCAAACGGACUUUGCACAUUCGAAGCAGACUGGCCACGUUCUGUCUUCUCCGAGUGAUUUGCAGGGUAUCAAGCGACCUCUUCACGAAGAAAACCAACCUCGAGAGACUGACGGUCCAAGAGCUAAGCGCCAAGUGCGGUUGAACAGCCGGGACGAGGAUAUGAUUACGGAUACUAUUGGUGCUAUUGCAAUUGACGAUCAAGGAAAGAUAGCUGCCGGAUCUUCGUCUGGAGGGAUUGGCAUGAAGCACCGCGGUCGAUUGGGGCCGGCCGCCCUCGUUGGUAUUGGAACUGCUGUAGUACCUUGUGCUGAAGAUGAUGAGGAAGGAAUAACUGUAGCCGCUGUAACGAGUGGAACUGGAGAACACAUGGCCACGACAAUGGCUUCACAAAGAUGUGCGGAACGAAUAUAUUCAGGGACCCGACGUGCCCCUGGUGGCGGAGAUAUGCAAGACGAUGACGAGGACGCCAUUAUGGAAUCGUUCAUCUCUCAAGACUUUAUGAACCACCCUGGCGUCAGGAAUUGCAAUUCUCAGGGAGCCAUUGGUGUCAUGGUGGUCAAGAAGAGUCGAACUGGAUAUUACCUCUACUUUGCACACAACACGGACUCGUUUGCUCUCGCAUCAAUGGGAGCGCUUGAGAAGGAGCCUCGAUGCACCAUGUCUCGGCUUCCUGACGGUGCUAAGAUUGCCAAGGGCGGUCGCAAAAUACGGAUUUCUUAA